UCCACCUAUUUAUAGACAGGGCCCUCCCCCAACUGCUAUUUCAGUCUCCUGCCAGCUGCCGGCGGCUCAUUCGGGGAGGAGGAACAGGGAGCCAGGCCUAGAGCUGUCACCGGUGGCGGUGGCACUGGGAGGGAACACAGAGAGCCUGCCUGCCCCACUGAGCUCCCUUUCCUGUUCCCUGAGCACCCAGCCAUAGCCCAACUCCCGGAACCUUUGGACAGGCCGUGGUCCAUGCUUCUGUAGUAGGAAGCAAGCCUCCGUGCCUCUGCUGCCUCCGGAGCAUCCAGGCCGGAUGAGGCGCCUCCUUGCCUUGGUCCCAGCGGCAGUGGCCUAAGGGAGUCCUUAAGCAGCCUGCUGGCCCUGUUGACCACCUUCCCCUCACCGGCUUCCGCCUCGGGCGGCCCCUCCCUGGCAUGCUGCUGGUGCCCAAGGCACAGGGGCUCGUGGAGAUGUUGCAGACUAUCUAUGAGACCGAGUCCUGUUUCUCAGCAGAUGGCAUGUCAGGCCGGGAACCAUCCUUGGAAAUCCUGCCACGGAAUCCUCUGCACAGCAUCCCUGUGGCAGUGGAGGUGAAGCCGGUGCUGCCAGGAGCCAUGCCCAGCUCCAUGGGGGGUGGAGGAGGUGGAGGUAGCCCCAGCCCUGUGGAGCUUCGGGGGGCUCUGGCAGGCCCCAUGGACCCUGCACUACGGGAGCAGCAACUGCAGCAGGAGCUCCUGGUGCUCAAGCAGCAGCAGCAGCUACAGAAGCAGCUCCUGUUCGCCGAGUUUCAGAAGCAGCACGACCACCUGACGCGGCAGCAUGAAGUCCAGCUGCAGAAGCACCUCAAGCAGCAGGAGAUGCUGGCGGCUAAGAGGCAGCAAGAGUUGGAGCAGCAGCGGCAGCGGGAACAGCAGCGGCAAGAGGAGCUAGAGAAACAGCGGCUGGAGCAGCAGCUGCUCAUCCUGCGCAACAAGGAGAAGAGCAAAGAGAGUGCCAUCGCCAGCACUGAGGUAAAGCUGAGGCUCCAGGAAUUUCUGUUGUCGAAGUCGAAGGAGCCGACGCCAGGCGGCCUCAACCAUUCCCUCCCACAGCACCCCAAAUGCUGGGGAGCCCACCAUGCUUCUUUGGACCAGAGUUCCCCUCCCCAAAGCGGCCCCCCCGGGACGCCUCCCUCCUACAAACUGCCUAUGCUUGGGCCCUAUGACAGCCGUGAUGACUUCCCCCUUCGCAAAACAGCUUCUGAACCCAACUUAAAAGUACGGUCGAGGCUAAAACAGAAGGUGGCAGAGAGGAGAAGCAGUCCCCUCCUGCGACGAAAGGACGGCACUGUUAUUAGUACCUUUAAGAAGAGAGCGGUUGAAAUCACAGGCACAGGGCCUGGGGUGUCGUCCGUGUGUAACAGUGCGCCCGGCUCUGGUCCCAGCUCUCCCAACAGUUCCCACAGCACCAUCGCUGAGAACGGCUUUACUGGCUCAGUCCCCAACAUCCCCACUGAGAUGCUCCCCCAGCACCGGGCCCUCCCUCUGGACAACUCCCCAAACCAGUUCAGCCUCUACACGUCUCCUUCUCUGCCCAACAUCUCCCUAGGGCUGCAGGCCACUGUCACUGUCACCAACUCGCACCUCACCGCCUCCCCAAAGCUGUCGACACAGCAGGAGGCUGAGAGGCAGGCCCUUCAGUCCCUGCGGCAGGGCGGCACACUGACUGGCAAGUUCAUGAGCACAUCGUCCAUCCCUGGCUGCCUGCUGGGCGUGGCAUUGGAGGGUGACACGAGCCCCCAUGGGCAUGCUUCCCUACUGCAGCAUGUGUUGCUGCUGGAGCAGGCCCGGCAACAGAGCACGCUCAUAGCUGUGCCACUCCACGGCCAGUCCCCACUGGUGACGGGUGAGCGUGUGGCCACCAGCAUGAGGACAGUGGGCAAGCUCCCGAGGCACCGACCUCUGAGCCGCACGCAAUCCUCCCCGCUGCCGCAGAGUCCCCAGGCCCUGCAGCAGCUGGUCAUGCAGCAGCAGCACCAGCAGUUCCUAGAGAAACAGAAGCAGCAGCAGAUGCAGCUGAGCAAGAUCCUCACCAAGACUGGGGAGCUGCCAAGGCAGCCCACCACCCACCCCGAGGAGACAGAGGAGGAGCUGACAGAGCAACAGGAGGCCUUGCUAGGGGAGGGGGCCCUGACCGUGCCCCGGGAAGGCUCUACAGAGAGUGAGAGCACCCAGGAAGACCUAGAAGAGGAGGAGGAGGAAGAGGAGGAAGAAGAGGACUGCAUUCAUGUCAAGGAUGAGGAGGGCGAGAGUGGUCCAGAUGAGGGCCCUGACUUAGAGGAGUCCAGUGCUGGUUACAAAAAGUUGUUCACAGAUGCCCAGCAGUUACAGCCCCUGCAGGUGUACCAGGCACCCCUCAGCCUGGCCACUGUGCCUCAUCAAGCCCUGGGCCGCACCCAGUCCUCACCUGCUGCUCCUGGGAGCAUAAAGAGCCCCACAGACCAGCCCACUAAGCACCUCUUCACCACAGGUGUGGUCUAUGACACAUUCAUGUUGAAGCACCAGUGUAUGUGCGGGAACACACAUGUACACCCAGAGCACGCCGGCCGCAUCCAGAGCAUCUGGUCCCGGCUGCAGGAAACCGGACUGCUCAGCAAGUGUGAGCGGAUCCGGGGUCGUAAGGCCACGCUGGAUGAAAUCCAGACAGUGCACUCUGAGUACCACACUCUGCUCUAUGGGACCAGCCCCCUCAACCGGCAGAAGCUGGACAGCAAGAAGCUGCUUGGCCCCAUCAGCCAGAAGAUGUACGCCAUGCUGCCUUGCGGGGGCAUUGGGGUGGACAGUGACACUGUGUGGAACGAGAUGCACUCCUCCAGUGCUGUGCGGAUGGCAGUGGGCUGCCUGGUGGAGCUGGCCUUCAAGGUAGCUGCCGGAGAGCUCAAGAAUGGAUUUGCAAUCAUCCGGCCUCCAGGACAUCACGCCGAGGAGUCCACAGCCAUGGGAUUCUGCUUCUUCAACUCUGUAGCCAUCACAGCUAAACUCCUGCAGCAGAAGCUGAACGUGGGCAAGGUCCUCAUCGUGGACUGGGACAUUCACCAUGGCAACGGCACCCAGCAAGCUUUCUACAAUGACCCCUCUGUGCUCUACAUGUCCCUGCAUCGCUAUGACAAUGGGAACUUCUUUCCGGGCUCUGGGGCUCCUGAAGAGGUUGGUGGAGGGCCAGGUGUGGGGUACAACGUAAAUGUGGCAUGGACAGGAGGUGUGGAUCCCCCCAUUGGAGAUGUGGAGUACCUAACAGCCUUCAGGACAGUGGUGAUGCCCAUUGCCCACGAGUUCUCACCUGACGUCGUCCUAGUCUCCGCUGGGUUUGACGCUGUUGAAGGACAUCUGUCUCCACUGGGUGGCUAUUCUGUCACCGCCAGAUGUUUUGGCCACUUGACCAGGCAGCUCAUGACACUGGCAGGGGGCCGGGUGGUGCUGGCCCUGGAGGGAGGCCACGACUUGACCGCCAUCUGUGAUGCCUCUGAGGCCUGUGUCUCUGCUCUGCUCAGCGUGGAGCUGCAGCCUUUGGAUGAAGCAGUCUUGCAGCAAAAGCCCAGCGUCAAUGCAGUUGCCACACUAGAAAAAGUCAUCGAGAUCCAGAGCAAACACUGGAGCUGUGUACAGAGGUUCGCCACUGGUCUGGGCUGCUCGCUGCGGGAGGCUCAGGCAGGUGAGACAGAGGAGGCCGAGACUGUGAGCGCCAUGGCCCUUCUUUCCAUGGGGGCCGAGCAGGCCCAGGCUGUUGCCUCUCAAGAGCACAGCUCCAGGCCAGCAGAGGAGCCCAUGGAACAGGAGCCUGCCCUGUGACACCCUGGCCCCCAUCCCUCUGGGCUUCAUCAUUGUGAUUUUGUUUAUUUUUUCUAUUAAAAACAAAAAGUCACACAUUCAACGACGUGUGCUGUGUGGGUCUCUCAGCCUUGCUUUUC